UAUAGCGGACUACUCUCUUCAUUUUCUCCAUCUCCAGGACAGCCUUGUCUAUGUUCCUUCUCCUCCAUUAGUUCUAAAAGCUGGAUAUCUUUAUAGAUCUGUUGGAAGAGGACUACUAGUAGUAGAUAUAGCCAUGGCUGGAGAACAAUUGCAAGUGCUUAAUGCACUCGAUUUGGCAAAGACUCAAUGGUACCAUUUCACUGCAAUUGUGAUUGCCGGAAUGGGUUUCUUUACAGAUGCGUAUGAUCUAUUUAGCAUCUCCCUCGUAACCAAAUUACUCGGCCGUAUAUACUACCAUGUUGAUGGUGCAGCAAAGCCAGGCAUAUUACCUCCCAAUGUUUCAGCUGCUGUCAAUGGCGUUGCACUGUGUGGCACCCUAGCUGGCCAGCUCUUCUUUGGCUGGCUUGGUGACAAAAUGGGCAGAAAGAGCGUCUAUGGCAUGACCCUUAUUCUCAUGGUCGUUUGCUCCAUUGCCUCUGGACUUUCCUUUGGAGAUGAGCCGAAGGCUGUCAUAGCCACACUUUGUUUCUUCCGGUUCUGGCUUGGCUUUGGCAUUGGUGGUGAUUAUCCCCUUUCUGCCACCAUCAUGUCGGAGUACGCGAACAAGAAGACUCGUGGGGCCUUUAUUGCUGCAGUUUUCGCCAUGCAGGGCUUUGGAAUUUUGGCUGGUGGAAUAGUUUCACUCAUUGUCUCAGCUGCAUUUGAUCACAAGUUCAAGGCUCCGUCCUACCAACUAGAUCCAGUUGGCUCCACUGUGCCACAAGCUGAUUAUAUCUGGCGCAUUAUUUUGAUGUUUGGAGCUGUGCCUGCUGGUCUGACUUACUACUGGCGAAUGAAGAUGCCUGAGACAGCUCGAUACACCGCCCUCGUUGCCAAGAAUGCGAAGAAGGCAGCUGCUGACAUGUCUAAGGUGUUGCAAGUGGACAUUGAAGCCGAAGAGUCCAAGGUGGAGAAGCUGGCAACGGAACCUACCAAUUCUUUUGGUUUAUUCUCCAAGGAAUUUGCCAAAAGACACGGCCUUCAUUUGAUUGGAACCACUACUACUUGGUUCUUGCUGGACAUUGCUUUCUACAGUCAAAAUCUUUUCCAGAAGGACAUUUUCAGCGCAAUUGGGUGGAUUCCAAAAGCCGAGACCAUGAAUGCAGUUCAAGAGGUUUAUAGAAUAGCAAAGGCUCAAACCUUAAUUGCACUAUGCAGUACUGUUCCUGGGUACUGGUUUACAGUGGCUCUCAUUGAUUAUAUGGGAAGGUUUGCUAUUCAACUCAUGGGUUUUUUCUUCAUGACCGUCUUCAUGUUUGCGCUUGCUAUUCCUUACCAUCAUUGGACUUUAAAGCCCAACCGAAUUGGAUUCGUCGUAAUAUACUCAUUCACCUUCUUCUUUGCAAAUUUUGGACCCAAUGCAACCACCUUUGUUGUGCCAGCAGAAAUUUUCCCUGCAAGGCUAAGGUCAACUUGCCACGGAAUAUCUGCAGCAUCUGGGAAGGCUGGUGCCAUAAUUGGGGCGUUUGGCUUCCUAUAUGCCGCCCAAAACCAAGACAAAACCAAGACAGAUGCAGGCUACCCACCUGGUAUUGGAGUAAAAAAUUCGCUCAUUGUGCUCGGGGUAGUCAACUUCUUGGGGAUGCUCUUUACUUUCUUGGUCCCGGAACCAAAGGGAAAAUCAUUGGAGGAGUUGACAGGAGAGAAUGAUCAAGAGGAUAGACCUCAAGUGGACCAGCAGUCCCCUUCUACCAGGACUGGUCCAGUCUAGUUAUUUGGUUGAAUUUUACAAGCAUGGAGACCAAGAUAGAUCAAAGCUACGUCUCAAGUUGCUUUUAUAUUUCUGUGCAAUGAAAUAAGGUAAAUAUUUGCUUUGAAUACUUGAAUUCAGAGCAACUAUAUCCCAUGUUUUUUACUUUGUUUG